GUGCCUCCAACACUUCAUCCUCCCGACGUCAACAUGCCAUCGCAGCCGUCAAGCUCGCAAAAUAAAGCGAAAUAUGCGCUGAAGCCUUCGCGCGUGAGUACGCUGAGGAUAGAGUCGAUGGGCCCGCCUGUGAAGAAACAAAAAUUGAAGCCCUUGUCUGCUCUAAUGAUGCCACCCGCACCCGUGUAUGAGCCUGUGAACAACCAAACAAGCGCGAAAUCACUUCUACAGAGCCAGGGCUCGAAGAAAGGCAAGGAGAAGGCGACUGAGGUUACUGUGCUCGACAGUGAUGAAGAGAAGGACGCGAAGCUGGAGCCGAAACUAGACGAUAGGCUGUGGAUUGACAUGUACGAGCCAAAGACGGAGGUGUGCGGAACAGGUUCCAUCUUCUUUCCUUGGUUGACGCCACGAGUUCAGGCAGAGCUUGCCGUGCAUGUUCGUAAAGUCCGGGACGUACGUCAUUGGAUUACGGAGGCUUUCGAGUCAGAUAAACUUCGCAAAUAUCGGCGAAUUCUGGCCCUGACCGGCCCAGCAGGUACGGCGAAGACUGCGACUAUACGCGUUCUUUCGCGUGAGAUGGGAUUUGAUGUACUCGAGUGGCGGAACAGCAUGGACGAAGUAUAUACUCAGUCAGAUGACUUCGAUCCAGACUAUGACACAGAGUAUGAAGGCCUCUCUGAGAAGUUCCACAAGUUCCUUACUCGCGCCAUACAGUGUCCGCCACUAUUUUCACCCCAAUCUGUAUCUGCUGCCUCUACAUCCCAUUCGCCGACCACCAAGUUUGCAAAGUCAAGGAAACAAGUUAUUCUUCUAGAAGAUCUUCCGAACGUCCUACAUCCUGGCACCCAGCGUUCGUUUCAUGCGUCGCUUGAAUCGCUCGUGUCUUCAUCUCCUUCGGCGAACAACAUCCCUAUCAUCGUUAUCCUCAGCUCUGCGGGUGUACGAGGCGAAAACCCGGAAGAUGAUGGUGGCAGAAGCUGGCGGGCUAAGGACUCGGUCGAUAUUCGAAUGGUCAUACCUUCUACAUUAUGGGGAGGACCCUAUGUCACACAUAUCUCCUUCAAUCCUAUUGCUCCUACCCUCAUGCGCCGGGGUCUGCAAUCUCUACUUACCACCUACUUCGCAUCCCAAGAGUCGAAGACGUCUUCAAAGCCAAAAAGCAAAGCACCAGCGGGUCCGGUGGCCAAGGAGAUUCUCGACCUCGUCAUUGAAACCUCAAACGGUGACAUACGGAGUGCGGUCAUGACAUUGCAGUUCGCAUGCACAUCGCCUUCUCUCGCAUCGUCCUCACUAAGCAAAAAAGGAGCAAGGAAAGGCGGUAAUACCAGAGCAUUGCUUGAGGCCGUCACCCGAAGAGAACAGAGCCUUGCGCUCUUUCACCUGAUAGGAAAGAUCUUGUAUAACAAGCCAACGCUGAUCGUGGUGGCGGUUUGUGCAGGCAAAGGUGACACUCCGCCAGCGAGUAUGUCGAAAGCCGACGUGGAGAGGGAACGCACUUUGGAUCGGACGUUAAAGGACCCUCCUCCUUUGCCGAAUCAUCUGUGCGAACAUGAGAGGAAGGCAAGUCGAGUUGACGUUGAGAUGCUCUACGCAGAUACACCAAUAGACAGCUCUCUACUCUCGUUAUACAUCCACCAGAACUAUACUCAAUACUGCAGCACGCUUGACGAGUGUGCUAGUGUUGCAGAAUGGUUGAGCAUUGUCGAUGCAAGCGGAGGCGAAUCGAUUGUGAACACUAAUCCGACGCGCUUCCACCUGAUUGCGCUUGGUACGAUGCACUCGCUGCCUACUCCUGUUCCGCGCAAGGGGCAGCGCAACUACAAGCCCGAGUUCUUUGACUUCCUCCGCAAGCAGAGGGAAGCCGAGGAGAGCGUCUCUGGGACGCUUGGUUGGCUCCGUCAGACGGAGACAUGGACAGGCGGGUGGACGACACGAGACGUCUCGCUAGAGCUUCCUUCGCUCCUGAAAGCCAUAGACCUCCGCCAGUCCUGGUCACCUAGGCCUACCAAGGACAUCCCACCUGCAUAUCACAAAUCUUUCUCGAGCCUGCAUUUCGUGGGGAACUCAGGUAGCGCGGCGCAGGUCGCUGACGAGGAGUUCGACUCUGCGGCACCAGCUGAAGAAUCGGAGGAGGGGGCAAGAUCGCCCAAGGAUGUGGAAGACGCCCUUGAGGGUGUGAAGAAGAGUGUUGCAGGAGGGUGGUUAGAGGAAGACGACAUAGAGGAUAUCUGAUGUGCGUAUCUAUGUGCUAUCAUCUGCUUGUGCUUUAUUUCAUCCCCUUGGAGUGUAUUUGCAUUAUCUCUGCGAAUGCUAAACUCGCUGCUUACAAAAGCAAGUAUCAGGAUUUCGAAGUCCACUGCUUUUCUUGCGGACUAGCUCGAGGCCUUCGGCGGCACAAACUUCAGUAAUACUUAUGGAGCAUAUCGCUGUCCUUCCACAACGCUGAACAUAAUUUUCUGGGAACUUAUCGAAGCCUUGACCUAGGACAGCGCUGCAAAAUAUUCGAGUC